GGUUAUAAUUUUAUAAACACGCGAGUACCACGGGAUAAAUACAACAAGAUAUACUUUUAAAAGUAACAUAUAGAAAGAAUAACGAUGUCAUCUUGGAACAAAGCUGCUAAGGCUAAUCAGAAGACGCACAGAGAGAGGCAUCAACCGGAGUCAAGAAAGCAUCUCGGCUUACUUGAGAAAAAGAAAGACUACAAGAAACGGGCAAACGAUUACCAUGAAAAAGGAGCUACACUUAAACUUCUACGUAAAAGGACGUUGGACAAAAAUCCCGACGAGUUCUAUUUUCAUAUGAUCAACUCUAGAGUGAAGAAUGGGGAACAUCAUGAACUCGAGAAAGAUGAAGAGCACACUCCGGAACAGGUGAAACUGAUGCAAACUCAAGACCUUAAAUACAUAAAUAUGAAACGUACUAUUGAAAGUAGGCGGAUACAAAGAUUACAAUCACAGCUCCACAUAACAGAUGUAGCAGAUUCAACACCAAACACACACAUAUUUUUUGUCGAUGAAGGUGAAGAAAAGAACUUUGACUUAGCCAAAAGGUUGGACACACAUCCGUCGUUGAUCAACAGGAAAUCUAACAGGCCUCGGCUGUCGGAUCUUGACAAAAUAACUCUACCAGAGGUUAAUGAAGAGGUAAUGAAUUCAGCAAAGAAGAUCAAAGAGAAGACGUAUAGAGAACUGUCUAAAAGGAUAGAGAGAGAGAAACACCUAACAGUUGUUCAACAGAAAAUGGAGAUCAAAAGGCAUUUGCAAGAUGUGACGAUAUUAAAACCGAAAAGAGUAAAGAAAGGCUCGGCCGUCUCGGCACCCGUAUAUAAGUUCCAGUUUAUUAGGAAGAAAUAAAUGAAAAAUAUAAUUAUUAUAUAUUUUUAUUUCAUAAUAAAUAAUUUUUUGUUUCA